AUGGCUCCAAAGCUCCUUACAGACCUCCCAUCAGAGAUUCGUCAGAAAAUCUUCAAAGAGUGCCUCAAGGUAGAUGGCGGUUAUAUCUACAAUGCACAAACCGAUAAACUGACCAACGCCGAUGAAGCCCGUACCCCGAUUAACCUCUCCCUUCGAUACACAUGUCGCUCCAUUGCAAGGGACACGGCCACGAUUCCCCUGGCGGUCAACACUAUCCACUUCUCAACCAGCGAUAAGUGGCGCAGCUUGGCCGGUUGCUUCAACCUCGUUGCUACUGCGUACUACAUCCUAGAGCAAGACUUGGCCUUUCAUCUCGCCGAGUCUAUUACUCCAGCAAUGUUCGCCCAGCUCGAUGCCAAGUUUCCCAGAUUCAGGUCUAUGUUUGAAUCAGAACUGGCAAACCAUAAUAUCAGGAACCCCGUAGAGGACAGGCCCCGCUCGAGGAAAGACCUUGUCGAUAGGAUGCGACCUCCCCUCUGCCACUGGGUAGGAUACUUUUUCGGGCUGAAGGUUGACAGGGCUGAUGUCUAUGGCCCUUCUGCCUAUCUUGGCUUUGCUGAUAUUCAUGAAGAAGACUUCAUGGACCCAUGUGGUGAUUUGUCGCGUGGUGGCUCUCAUGAUAGAUGGCAACAGCAGUCAGGGGAUGUCCGAGAUGCACUUUCGUAUUGCCUACGGCUCAUCGCUGAAGAAGCACCAACGGAAUUUGACAAUCAGUUACGCAAGACCUUGCCCCACUGGACCGGUAAGUACCAUCCAAGAGAGUUUCUUGGUCUCAAGUUCAACCUUUGGGACAUCCCCUCAAGGGACGAUGUCGCUCGUGCAUUGGAUCUAUUGGAUAUACAUGACUUUGUAUGGAAGCUUCCUGAAAUAUGGUCAUACCCCCGCGGGUUCUACCGGGAACUCGGCGAUGAUCCCCUCAAGCCACGUGCAGAAAACGCCGAACGAUGUCAAUACGGUGCGGAAUACGAUAAUCCCAUGAGAUUGGUUGAUCAUUUCGAUUAUCGUUAUCUCAAAAAAAUAAGGUUCUCGGCUACCGCUGUAGCAAUACGUUUCCUUAACAAGCUGCCUGCCGAGCAACGAGCCCAAGUUCGCAGGCUCGCAUUGCAUGAAGACUGCCCAUCAGUCAACAUGCCUUCACUCCAUGCCCAGGGUCUGGUCCCUUUAUUCAAGGAGAAUCCCCUACUUCGAGUGGAGCGCUGUGUCAGUCUUUUUGGCUGUAUCCACAACUUCGCGGGGCCGAACACGGACUGGAAGACUCGAGCCAAGACAAGGCCGCUUUAUGGCCCUUCCUUCCUCCCAAAGCUACAAUCCUGGCUCAUUGACGCUCUUGCUAUACAGGACUUAGAUAUUCCCGCAGGCUCUUUUACUUUUACGCUGGAGGGUGGUGUCCAUAGCGAAUUUUGCACCGACGUUUUCCAGGGGUGCGUCAUGAUGGGCAUUGCCGAGGGCGAGGCAUUCCAUAAAUGCCGCGAACUAGGCCUUUUCAGAUCUAUAGAACAGAUCGGUGUCAACCCCGAUCGCUUUUCCCUUGAUCCCAGAUUCAAGGAAGGCAUUGAACAUUUGGUGAACAAGACAUCGAUCCUGCGUUCUGAUUUUAACCCUGGAGUUCUGGUAGACCCAGACACGUUGGUCGAGGAAAGUCAAGGAUUUGAUGAUUUGGAGGACCUUGUUGAGCGAUGGGAGUUCGAAGCAGGAUCUUUUGGCUGCGAAACGCCUCCUGAUCUAUUCUACGAUGUUAUGCUCCCUGCCGUAUUUGACAUUCAGACCAGGGAGCAGUAUAUCGAGUCACAGGGAGGAAAGGUCAAGGAACCAGAUUUGUAA